AUGAGAUUGCAACGCGAUGACGCAUUCUCUCGCGUCGAGAUAUACAAUCUUGCGCUGGUGACAGCUGGCGGCAGGGUGGCGACGGCGUUGCACUUCCGCCGUCUCGCGCUCUCCGAACUGCCAGCGGGCUCGGGCAGCCUAGAGAGACGAACAGCCGACUCUCGUCCACCUCACCACUUCCACCUCAGCCAUCCCCUGUCGCCUCAUCCACCCCUGGCCUCUCCACGGCUCGAUUCCAUCGCUGCUGCCAGUCUCCCGAUCUCUGCACUGUCCCUCCGCUGCUUCUCCCUUCGUCUCUCGCGCGGACGUCCGUUGCUCUGCCCGUCCUGCCCGGUCCGGCGCCCGAAGAGCUGCGGAUGGCGGGUUCGGGUUGACGGUGACGACGACGAGCGACUGCACCCAGCUCCAGACACUUAUGGCCAGACGAACGGCCGCUGUCGACCACCAGGACUCGCUCGAGGCUUUCCCUCCUUCCUCGCUGUCGGCUCUCUCCUCUCCGUCCUCGUCUGCGGGACCGUCCCAGUCCAUCACCGCCGCCAGUCCUUCACUGAGCUCCUGCUGCUUUCGUCUGCUGCUCCUGUCUCCUUCUUUUUCUCCCUUAUGCUCUUCUUUCUCUCUGUCGCUCCAUUCCAUCCAGAGCACCGCAGUUACCCGCCUUUCUGCUCUUCUGCUGCCCUCUCCAUCCCCCUCUGCAAGACCCCAUUUGAUGAGCUCGUCUGCAUCUCUCCAUCUCACUCCGCCACCGGUCCGUUCCAAGGACAUCUACUCAUGACUUCCAGAAGUACUCGCUCCGCUGCGAGACACGCAGCUGAGACCACGUCGUCGUCUGCCAACGCGGGGGCCCUCUCAGCCACUUCCGCUGCUGGUCCUCCCUCGUCUCGGAAACGCAAAGCUGCUGUACGACGUGACAGGCCCCACGACGAGCCAGAACAGCCUCCUCAGUCUUCCCCUCCCAGAAGACCAAAGAGACCGCGGACUGCUGCCCCGGCUGCUGCCCCUACUUCUGCUCCUGCUUCCGCUGCUCGUCCGCGGCGGGGCUCUCGAAACCGUCCCGCAAUGUCACAAGCUGGUCCGUCCUCACGCCACUCCGAUGACACCUCCAGAGCACCAGCAUCUUCGUCGACGGCAAGGCGAAAGUCGGCUAGGAACGGCAAGACGACUCAAGGUCAGGAUUCUUCCUCUACGUUGUCUCGUCGACCAAGCAGAAUGGCUGCUGACUCCUCACGAGCAGAUCUGCCGACGACGCAAUCUCCUCCUCCACGACGUCAGAAGAAGCGUUCGCCUAAGCAGAGUCCAGACAUCAUGAUGAAAGACGCCGAUGACGAUCACAGUGAACGGGAACCGCCCAGAGAAGAAGAGGAAGACGGCGGGUCCUCUCCACCCAGUGAGAGCAAUGAUGGCACCAAUCCAUCAGCUCUCAUGGAUGAGGAUGAUGGGGACCCGUUCCGCAGUGGCCUCUUUGGCUCGCGGAGUCCUUUGGGCCUGCAGAGCACGCUCCGAGCCCUCAGCGGUAUGAUGUCAGGCGUUUCGUCCCGUUUACGAGACAUUCUGAGCAAUCUGCGGAUGAGAGAGGAUCCUUCUAUGCAGUUGAUCGCCUUGCAAGAGCUGUCCGACCUGCUGCUCGUGUCGAACGAAGAUAAUCUCUCCGGCCAAUUCUCCCCCGAUCCGUUUGUGAAGGAACUGGUGACGCUCAUGCAGCCCAGCGAGACGGGAGAGGAGAACCCGGAGAUCAUGCUCCUGGCUUGCCGGUGCUUGGCCAACAUGAUGGAAGCCCUCCGAGGGUCCGUGGCCAACGUCGUCUACGGUGGUGCGGUCCCAGUUCUCUGCCAGAAGCUCCUCGACAUUCAGUUCAUCGACUUGGCCGAACAAGCCUUGAGCACUCUGGCCAAGAUCUCCGUGGAUUUCCCCGCGUCCAUCGUCCGAGAAGGCGGUCUCACGGCGUGCCUGACCUAUUUAGACUUCUUUCCCACCAGUACCCAGCGCACUGCCGUCACAACCGCGGCCAAUUGUUGUCGGAGCCUCCCGAGCGACUCGUUCCCCGUGGUCCGGGAUGUCAUGCCGACUUUACUAAAUGUUCUCUCCAGCAGCGACCAGAAGGUGGUCGAACAGGGAUGCCUGUGUGUGUCCCGCAUUGUUGAAAGCUUCAAGCACAAGCCCGACAAGCUGGAGGAGCUCAUCGAGCCCCCCAUGCUGAAGGCCAUCCUUCGUCUGCUGCUGCCUGGGACCACGAAUCUGAUUGGGCCCCAUAUUCACACCCAAUUCCUCCGCGUCCUCUGGAUCGUCGCGCAGGCCAGCCCCCGUCUGUCAGUCGAACUGCUCAAGAUGGAUGUGGUGGAUACCCUCUAUCAGAUUCUGACCGGGGUUUCCGCUCCACGCGAUGGCGACAACGCUGCGGUCAAGAACGACAAUAUGGUCAUCGUGCAAGCGUUGAUUCAGCGUCCGAGGGAACAGGGGGUUCGACAGAAGGUUCUGACGGCUCAGCUCAAGAUGCUUCAGAACCUCGAUGCCGCGGUGAUUGAAGAUGCUCUCCGCAACGUUCCGUACGCCUCUUUCCUGGCCGCUAUCCUGUCCCAGAAGGACCACCCGGUGCUCGUCUCCUUGGCCCUCCAGUGUGCCGAGAUCUUGUUUGAGAGGCUGCAAGACAUUUAUCAAUAUCAAUUUCACCGGGAGGGCGUGAUUUCGGAGAUAAUCGCUUUAGCUGACAAGCCCCUGUCAACAGAAAAGCGGGCCCACUCUCCAUCGGCAACGACUGGUGACGACGUGAGCAUGCCCGAUCAGGAUGCCGGGAACGUCGACUCCCGGGCCACGAGCGAAGACCCAGCUGCCAAAAGGGACAGUAGUGUGGAGGACGAGGAAGACGAGGACCAUGAGGAGGACGAUGAUCGCGAUGGAGAGGAGGAUGAAGAGGAAGAGGAAGAACGGGACCAGGAGAAUGAUGGCCUGUCCGACUCUGAAAGCUCCUCAUCCUUCUCGGCGCCCCGUACAUUGUCUCAGAGCAUGGACGUUGCUGCGAACGACAGCGUCAUCCGUCACGCCCGGGCCUUCCUCCAACUCUAUGAACGAAGCCAAGGCAGUAAGAGCAUGCGGGACAAAGCCUCUGGAAUCCUCAAAGAGCUGCAGAGCCUCGCGGCCGAUAUUGAAUAUUGCUACCUUGGUGAUGGCAAUCGCGACGGACUGCCAUUAUUCGAGAAGCUAGCUUCUUAUUUCGAUGGCGAUGCGCUGGAAAGCAUCACUAGCUCGGAAUUGCUGAACUCGCGAAUCAUCAACGUCCUUGUGGAUGUCUUUGGCAAUCCCGAAGCUACGUAUGCUCGCGAUGCCCGCACUGCCUUCCUGCAAGCGUUUAUGGGUUCAACCGUUUCAGCCAAGGCCCAAAGUCAAACCUCGUCCUCUACGCCGUUUAGUGUCCUGAUUCACAAAUUACACGAUCUGCUCAGCAGGACGGAACAUUUCGAGGUGAUUACUGUCGGCAAUAACUCUCUGGAAAAUACACGCAGCAACGCCGCCCACAUGCUCGGAAAGCAGGUGCGGCUCAAGCUGGUUGCCGAUGAUGACUCCGAUAUCCCUCGUCCGUACAAGAAUAUCAUGGUCUCCAUCCAUGCGAUCGCCACUUUCAAGUCGCUGGAUGACUUCUUGCGUCCCAGAAUCAGCCUGUCCGAUCGGCCAAGAACAUCGCGAAACCGAGACGCUCUUCUCUCCCAUCUUUCCGGUUCUGGUCGGCCGCGAGACCAUCCUGGUGGAAGCCACGGCGCCUCCGGCAACGACUCUUCCCUCCCACCUCUCCCUUCGUCUCGCACCGGGGCGACUACCCAAAAUGACCGGACUUCUAGCAACUUGCGAACGUCACAGCCUGCUCAGCGGUCUACUACAGCUGGAACCCGGGAACGAAGGGUAGGAACCCGGCGGUCGAGCCGUCAUCAGCCUUCCAACAUGGAUGAAGAUGACCAACAGGACGAUCGGCCCUGGGAAUGUGCAGACGAGAAGCAGCUCAGUGAGGAGGAAGAGGAAGACGAGGGUGAAGAGAAUGGUGAGGAGGAAGAAGACGAGGAGGAGCUUAAUGCCAUUGUGGACGAUCUCGAGGAGGAUCUCUCCGAUGACAACGCUCCAGAACCCAGCGCAGUCAACAUGGAAGUUGCAUCGACUGGCAAAGUGACCGCUCGCAAGGACGACGGGACCCGCGUUGCGACCCCCUCCCAGUCACAGUCGCAGUCGCAGUCGAAGGGUUCUUCUUCAACGCCAAGCUCAGGGCAUGCCUCCACGGGAGGUGGCAACUCGUCGUCGACAGCCGGACGACCGUUUUCUUCCUAUGCAGCGGCGAUGGCCUCGGUUCCCCAGGACUGGCAUAUCGAAUUCAGUAUGGACGGCGGGGAACCCAUUACCAACGAGACGACAAUCUAUCGAGCUAUCCAUCGCAGUCGGGAACAUGCUGAAGACCCAAGUGGAAGGAACGUGUUUUCUGCGGUCCACACGGUUAAAUUCAAGCGUGUUCCCGGGCCACCACCACCAGAGCCUACUACAGUGAGCUCCGCU